CUUCUUUACUUAUUUUAUUAGUUGAUAAUGUCAUCACCACUAAGAAACCAAGUCAAGGGACGGAAGAAGGACUCGAUAGAACAGUUCAUAGGGGCUCCGCAACUUUUCCUCGACAAUAGCUUGUCCCAGCUACGGUAUAUGAUUCUUAUAGAAGGUCUAAGUAUACCUCCAGGAUAUGAUCAAUGCCCUUAUAGAAGCUAUAUUUGGUCGAUUCUCUGUAAAGUACCGGUUUACACCACUUCCCAGUACUUGAAACUCAUUCAUCAAGUACCCAAUAAACUUACUCAUGAAAUAUAUCAAAAAAUCAAAAAUGAUACUUUUAGAACCCUAAUGCACGAUCAAACUUUCCAUCUGAAAGUAGAAGAAGAUUCUUUGAUAAGAAUUUUAUCUGCUAUAGCCAUAUCAACCAAUAAUAAGGUCGGUUAUGUCCAAGGUUUGAACGUCCUAUUGGCUCCGAUUGCUUACACUUGUCAUAAAAGUGAACCUCACGCUUUUUCAAUCUUACAUAAUUUAAUAACAACUCAAAUUCCUUUAUACGUUACUCCUAAUCUAGAUGGGGUUCAUACUGGGUUGAAUUUAGUUGACAUUGCCUUGAAAAUCAUCGAUCCAGUCUUAAGUGAUUAUCUAGAUUCAAAAUUUUUAAAAGCAGAAAUUUAUGCUUUCCCGUCAGUAUUAACCUUAUGUGCUUGUACUCCUCCGUUAUCUUCAGUUUUAAAAUUAUGGGAUUUCUUACUUGCUUAUGGUACUCAUAUGAAUAUUUUAUUUGUGGUGGCUCAAUUAAUCAUGAAUAGAUCUAUUCUAUUAAACUCUCCUCAGCCAAUGAAAGUUUUAAGAAAUUUCCCUCUUUUAGAGGAUACUGAAAUUAUUAAAUUAAGCUUGAGUUUUAUUCCUGAAUUACCUAAAUCUUUAUACGGUUUGAUUGUUAGACACGGUUUUGAUCCUAAUGUCCCUAAUGAACUUAAAUUAUUCCAAUUAGAAAAUAAAUAA